ACCACAAACUUUCAAUUGGACUCACCAAGCAACUAUCAAUAUAGGCAAUACUAUAUCUUCUUUAUCGUCUACAAACUUGUCUGAAAAUAAUUAUAGAGAAAGUAGUGUUUGCACUAUGCAUACAACAGAAGUAAGAGAAAGAGCAGAGGAAGACAGAGAACAACAAAAUACAUUAAUACCUGCAACAGAAGAAACUUCACUUUCAUCCACAUUGAUUGCACUCAAUCAAAGUCCUAUUCCUGAAAUUCCAUCCAUUCCGGCAUCCUCAAGUUCUUGUUCACAGUCUUCUACUCAAAGCAGAAAUAAUGAACAGAAUGAAAAUACAACACAAAAAGCACGAAGAUCGAAACAGUUAUAUGAAUUGAGGAAAGACAUGAUUGAGAAUGAGAAGAAAAGAAUAGAAAUGAUAACUCAACUUACAACUGCUAUUAAGGAAAACAACAACAUAGAAAGCCAAAAAAUAGCUGCUUUUCAGGAAUGUACUGAUGUACAAAGAGAAAGAAACAGAUUGUUUGAAAUUUUUGUAGAGAAAAGUUGCAGAUAAAAGAUUAACAAACAGGUUAUAAUGUAAAAUUUCCUGAGAUGUUUCUCAGCGUCCUUCCAAAUGACUGGUCUUGUAUUAAAGUGCUAUACAUAUAUAUAUGUAAAAUAUUAUAUCUUUUUAAUAAAUUAUGUAUACAAAGUACAAUCGUGAAUUGUUACGUCAUCAUCAUGGCAAGGUAUGAGCCAUUCAACAAACAGUUGUUAGAUGAUCCGUAAAACAUGUUAUUACCAUUCCAUCUUUUUCGUUAUUUUUUCUCUUCAUACGCCUCGUGCGCUUGAAUCGGGCGUAUCAUCUUAUCCAAAUAAUCCCGCAGAACAGUAUUAAGAUAAAAAUAUAAUGUAAUACGUUUUAAUAUAUAUUUAUAGC